UCCCGGCACGGGACGAACCCGAGAGACAAAGGAGAGAGAGACCUAUCCACUCCUCCAUGCGGCAUCGCACCUCACUUCCCAGCCACUACUUGCCACCACCACCACCACCCACACCGAACUAACCUCGCCGUGGAAACCAAACCCCCGCGUCCGAACCACCACCUCGCCUCCUCCCCCCCUCUUCUUCCAGCCCCACCGCGCGCAGCAGCGGCAGACCACGGCACGGCGCCGCGCGGCCGUACCAUGCCGUGACCGGCCGGAACCCACCACCGCCUCGACCGCCGCGCAUAUGCACCCCAUGGCCGUGGCUGUGGCCGCCGCCGUCUCAUGCCCGCGCCUCGUCCCCGGGCGUAUCCCCCUCUCCGCCGCCUCCGUCGCCGUCGCCCGUGGCCGUGGCUGCGGGGUGGCGGUGAGGGCGCGUGGCCAAAGCGCCGCCACGCCCGACCCGGCUGCCAUCCUGCGGCGGCCGGCGGUCGUGACGACGGCGGCUGCGGAGGAGGAGGGGGAGGGGGAGGGGGAGGGGGAGGGGGAGGGGGAGAGCGAGGCGGAGUCCUCGCCGGGUGGUGGUUCGGGGGAGGAUGAGACGCCGGAGGAGGGGAGGAGGAAGGGGACGGAGAGGGAGUGGGUGGAUUGGGAGGACCUCAUCCUCGAGGACACCGUGCCGCUCGUCGGCUUCGUCCGGAUGAUUCUGCACUCCGGCAAGUAUGAAAAUGGUGAUCGACUGAGCCCUGAACAUGAAAAGGCAAUUUUGGAACGAUUGCUUCCUUAUCACCCACAAUAUGAGAAGAAAAUUGGAUGCGGUAUUGACUACCUUACGGUAGGGUUACAUCCAGAAUUUGAGAACUCAAGAUGUCUUUUCAUAGUUAGGAAGGAUGGUGAGCAAGUUGAUUUUUCAUUCUGGAAGUGCAUCAAAGGUCUCAUACGACAAAAGUACCCCAUGUAUGCAGAUAGUUUCAUUCUCAGACAUUUUCGCAGGAGGCAAGAUUACCGAAUUAGUGACUCGUAAAAUUAUUUCUUGUAACAUUUCUCUGAUUUUGAUUUGGCCCAUUUGCCCUUAAUGCCCUGUGAUCUUGCAUACGUUCAAGCACACGUGGAAGGUUCCCGUUCUAAGUAUCUCGUUGGGCUCGAUACAAUUUCCUUCUCCUGUGUGUACAUAUAGGGUAGUCUUCCAGUUGAACUUCGCCUGACUUUGCAGCACGCUCAUUCUUGAGAAGUUAUAUAUGUGCUAGUUCUUGGCUGAAUGUUGCAA